AUGGCUAUCAUCGCUUUAAUCGUUGUCGGUGUACUUGUGUUCAAAUUAUCCGUGAACUGGAAUGUAGAUAAUAAAACCAAAUGGCCAAACAUCGGGUCGUAUGAAUGUGUGAACGGCAUAUGUGUCUUGAAGAAAUUCCGAAUAACCGAAAACGACAAGGUUCGUUUAAACGGGUCACUAGGAGCAUGCCAAAUGGUCUGCGGUCAAAGCGGAUCUCUAUGGCCAAUGCCGACAAUAAACACUUCUAUCGGAAGCGCUAAAUAUGAAAACAACAUAGCGUGCAAGCUACCUAAUUUGGAUCCAUUCGAUCCGAUAAUGAUGAGUUUUAUCAAACCAGAGCCUCCAUUGGUGUGUGAUUCAGAAGAAGAUUGGGUUGUUGUAAAGGGCAGUGUUGCACGUAUCACUGAAAAAGCGCGAAAAAAACAUGGCGAUGUUCAGUGCGAGUUUUCUGAUGUUUUGCGAUCCAAUGAAUUCGCUACGUCAACGGGUGUUAUAACAUCUACCCAUACUGAGUAUAAUUUGAAAGCCACAGAUUUUUUUAGAGUACAUUGCAAAUCAGGAAAUGGGAAAACGAGUUGGGAGAGCAGAAUGGCAGGAAUUCGUUUGGAUGACGAUGUUAUGGAACGAACGGGAUGGGAUCAUGUACCCGAAGAUGGCCUACGUUUAAACGUUUUAAUUAUUGGCCUUGAUUCAGUGUCUCAUAUGAUGGUCCAAAGAAAACUUCCAAAGAUUUACGCUAAACUGAAGUCCAUGGGCGCUUAUGUGUUAGAAGGUUAUAAUAUUGUCGGCGACGGAACUCCACAAGCAUUGAUACCUAUACUUACGGGGAAAACUGAAUUAGAACUGCCGGAUACAAGAAAGCGUAUGGAGGAUAAAGCCACCCACGUUAAUGUAUAUCCUUUUGUAUGGAAUCUGUUCAAAAAAUACGGAUAUGUCACAGGUUAUGCUGAAGACGAAGUGGAUGUGGGAGUAUUUACAUAUAGACUCAAAGGAUUUAACGAACAACCCACCGAUCACUACAUGCGAACAUAUUACGUGGAUGCAACGCCUACUUUUAAAAUGCAAAAGCCAUUUUGUUAUGGUUCAACACCUAGACACCAGAUCAUGCUUAAUUAUGUAAAAGACAUGUUUCGGGUGUACGAAGACAAACCGAAAUUUAUGUUCGCGUUCCACGGUGAACUAACUCAUGAUCAUGCUAACAAAGUCGAAGUGGCCGAACAAGAUUUAAUUGAUUGGUUGGAGUGGUUUCAAACGUCUGGUUAUUUAAACAAUACCAUGUUGGUGUUUAUGAGCGAUCACGGGCAAAGAUUUGCGUCUGUGCGUGACACGCAACAAGGUAAACUAGAAGAACGUAUGCCUUUCUUUUCAUUUGUACUGCCAAAGUGGUUUGAUCGCGUUUACCCAAAAAUGGCGGGCAAUAUGCGAAACAAUACUCGGCGGUUGACGUCACCAUUUGAUAUAUACUCUACAUUAAUUAGCGUUUUACACAAGAAUGGACUGCAGGCUAAUGAUCGAAAUAAGCGUUCUAUUUCUCUGUUUGAUGAAAUACCAUUGGGUAGAACGUGCCAAGACGCUGGUAUCGAGCCGCAUUGGUGUGCCUGUCUUAAAUGGAAACCCGUAGAUGUAAAUGAUGAGAUAACCACUAAAGCAGCAGAGUAUUUCAUUAACUUCAUCAAUCGGUAUAAUUCAGAAUUUACAAGCCUAUGUUCCUCCAUUGAGUUGGAGAGGAUUGAAUGGGCAACUAAAAUGGCACCUAACGAGGAUGUAUUGAAGUUUCAUCAAGCUGCAGACACGGAUGGUUUUGUUCCGGACAUGUCAGCCAACACCAAAGUGACUAAAUUUUAUCUUCAACUUAAAGUAAUAACGAAUCCGGGACACGCGGUAUUUGAAUUUUCGUGUCAACACAACAGCGAAACAAAUCAGUUCACUAUUGACGAAAAAGACAUAAGUCGAAUCAACAAGUAUGGGAAUCAACCUUGGUGCAUUUCUCAAACUCAGCCGCAACUUAGUAAAUACUGUUACUGCAAACAGCAGCAAUAG